AGAAGGGGAGGAAGAGGACGGGAGGUCGGCGGAGGGAGAUGGAGAGGAAAGGGGAAGACGUUUCCACAGUUACAGUCACAAAUGGAGGUUAUUCUGUAAGGUGCACUGAGGAGGUACUGGUCCCUUUCUUCAUAGACGACAGUCUGCAGGCCGUCAUGGAGAAACAACACACCGUCACGACCCCCAGCGUUCCCAACCCUCUUCCAGAACUCAGACUGGUCCUCCUGGGCAGGAAAGGAGCGGGGAAGAGCUCGGCGGGCAACACCCUCCUGGGAGGCGUCGGGGAGUUCGAGAGCGGAAAGCCCACGGAGGAGUGCGUUAAAAGACGAGAGGAUGUGGGGGGGAGAAGGGUCACUGUGGUGGACACCCCCGGAUGGGAAUGGUACUACCCGCUAAACAGCACGCCCGACUGGGUGCGGCGAGAGACUUCGCGUAGCGUAUUGCUCUGUCCUCCGGGACCCCACGCCGUGCUGCUGGUGGUACGGUCCUGUGCUGCGGUGACGGAGGCCUAUGUGAGUCAGAUAGAGGAACACGUGGAGCCGCUGGGGAACGGGAUUUGGGACUACACCAUGGUGUUGUUCACCAGGGGGGAUGAACUGGGCCUGCUGACCGUGGAACAACGUAUCCUGACCAGUGGACCGGGUCUCCAGAAGCUUCUGAGGAAGUGUGGGAACAGAUACCACGUCCUGGAUAACAGGAGCAAGGGAGAUGGGACGCAAGUUAAAGAACUGACGAGGAAGAUAGAGGAGAUGGUUGAGGGGAAGAAGGAGGGGGCCCGCCAUUUUGGCGUGGGCAGUAUCGUCCUGUUGGGUUUGGAGGCAGAUGGGAAGAGGAGGGCGAGGGAGAGGAGGAAGAAACAGAGGCAUAUGGAGAUGGAGAUGCAGAGGGGAACCAUCAAAGCUGCUCUCAUGGGCGAUGGCCCCCAGGCGUUGGAGCUUGACACUCGUCAUUCAUUUUCCAAGGGCCCCCGGCGUCUUCCCGAGCUCCGGCUGGUUCUCCUGGGAGAGCGUGAGACGGGGAAGAGCUCCACUGGCAACACCCUCCUGGGCUAUCCCGGCCUAUUCCAGAUGGGCACGGUGACCGAGGAGUGCGUCCGUCAGCAGGCAGAGGUCUCCAUGAGGCUGGUGACGGUGGUGGACACGCCCGGCUGGGAGGGCGGCAUCUCUGGCCCAACACCAGAAAGGGUGAAGAGGGAGAUAGUGGGUAGUGUCGCGUUUUGUCUGCCGGGGCCUCACGCCCUGUUGCUGACCCUGAGGGUGGACACCCUGGUGAGGGUUGGCCAUGUUAGAGAACACCUGGAGCUUCUGGGUGAGGGCGUAUGGAGGCACACCAUCCUGCUAUUCACACACGGAGAUCAGCUUCGAGAAGGCGUCGGCAUCGAACAGCACAUCCAGAGCGGAGGUAGAGAUCUUCAGUGGAUGCUGGAGAGGUGCUGUGGCCGGUACCAUGUCAUUAGUAAUGUGGAUGGAGGAGCCCACAGCUCCAUACCCGUGACAGAACUCCUGGAAAAAGUGGAGAAAAUGGCCACCGGCAACCGAUGCGAGGCCUUUCUGGGCCUGAUCAAUGAGGUGAGCAACCUGAGCCAACAGAAGAACGAGAGGUUCAACCAGCGGCUGAAAGAGGUCACAGACAAGCUGCUCCGCCAGGAGAGUGAACUGAAGAAAAUGCGGGAGCGGGAGGUGAGGAGCAUCCGCUGGUUCUUUGACAGGAAGAAGAAGGCGAAAUCACCGGGGAAGAUAGGCGCCGAAAAAGAGGAGGAAGAGGAAGACGAAGAGAGAAGGAGCUGGGGUAGGAAGAACGAGAUGAGGGAGCUGGAGGAGAGGAUGCAGUGGCUGACGGAGGACAAGGAGAGAGAGAUUCAGGAUCUGAGCACGGAGCACGAUCGGAUCCUGGCGGCACUCCAUCGCAGCCGGCAGGAGAAGGUUGACGCAGACCUCCGAUUGGAGCUGAAGGAGAGCGAGAUCGAAGAGAUGAAGGAGAGAAUCGAUGAACAGCAGCUGAAGUUGCUCGACCUCGAGCGCAUCGCUUUGGGAAACGACCGCGAGAGAACACAGAGGGAGGCCGAGACUGAAGAGCAGCGGCAGGAGUGGGUGAGGGAGAGAGGGCGUUUAGUGGGAGCAAUAGAGCGACAAGACAAAGAGAACGCCGAGUUGAUGGCGAAAGUGGAAGCUCUGCGAGCCGAGACGCGUGACUCAACGAAGCGUUUCGAGGACAGUCUGUCACAGUAUGAAAGAGAAGGAGAGAGAAGGAAGGAGGAGCACAGAAGAGAGAUGGCAGAGAUGGAGCGUCAACUCAAAGCAGAAAUGGAGAGCAAACUGAGAGGGAUGGAGAAAGAAGCGGAAGAAAUUAGACUUGAGAUGAAGAGUAAAAUGAGAGAGAAAGUGGAGGAGUUGACAGCGCGGCUUCAGAGAGAGAUGGAGGGGAAACUAGGGGAGAAACAGAGAGAGGUGGAGGACAUAAAAUGGCAACAUAACGAAGAGAUGGCCAGAAAAGCGAGCCAGGUAGAAAAGUUAAUGGAGGAGUUGAGAGUUCAACACCAGGAAGACACGAAUGAAAAGCUAAAAGAAAAAGAGAUAAUUCUGGAAAGGGUCAAACAAAUGCACCAGACCGAAAUAAGAGACAGACAGCAAGAAAAGGACAGAGAAAUUCGACAGCUGGAGCAACAGUUUGCGAAACAAAUACAGCGAAACUCAGAAGAAAACGAGAAGGGAAGAGAGGGACUGGAACAAGAGCACGCGAUCCGAAUGGCGGAAAAGAGGCGGGAACACGAAAAAGAGAAAGAGGGGGUUCGUUUAAACCACGAAAGAGAAAUGGCGCGGAAGCUUCUGGAGAAAGACAGAGAGAUGGAGGAGGUGAAACGACGCCAAGUUCGCGAAAUGGAGGACACACGUCGACGGGGGGAGAACGAGAAAGAAAGGCUCGUUCUCAACCACGAGAAAGAGAUGGAGAGGAAGCUAAAGGAAAGAGAGAGAGAGAUCGAGGAGAUGAGACGUCACAUAAGAGAAACCGCGGGAACACUGGAGAGGCAAGAUGAGGAGAAACGUGAGCUUAUUUUGAGUCAUAAGAAGGAGGAAGACGAAAGGCGGGAAGAGGGAGAGAGAGAGAAGGGGGAGAUGAAAAGACGUAUAACUGAAAUGGAAGGAAUCCUGCAGGGAAAAGAGGAGGAGAAGCGAGAGGUUAUUCUCAAUCAUGCAAAGGAGGCGGCGCAAAGACAGAAAGAGAAUGAAAGAGAGAUAGAAGAAAUAAAAUUACACCUCCAAAACGCGGUCAAUGAAAAACUGAGAGAGAGGGAAAUUGAGAUGGAGGCGCUGAAGCAGGAAACGGAGAUCAGAGAGACUAAAGUGAGGGAUGAGCAGAAGAGGAAAGAGGAGGCAGGGGAAAAGGAGAUCAACAGACUGAUAGAAAUUGUCAGACGGAAAACAGACGAGAUAACAGAGAUGCAACAGUUGGCUGCACUGAAAGAUGAAGAGAUAGAGGCGGCGAGGGAGAGGUGCGCGGGACACUCAGAAGAAAUCAAAGGGCUGAAGGAAAACAACGCAAAGCAAAUGGAGAUACAGCAACGCCUGGCAGAGCAAGAGAGGAAGAGGGACACUGAGAUGAUGGAGGGAUUGCGAGGGAAGGAAGAGGAGCUGGAAAACUUGAGACGAAAGGAUGGCGAGAAUGAGCGAGAACUCUCCAAAUUGAGGCUAACAAUCGAGCUGACAAAGUCAGAACUGAAGGGACUGACCAGCAAGAUGGACACGGAAAUGAACAACUUGAUAAAAGGGUAUGAGAAGGAGAUCGCCGAAAGAAAGGGAGAGAUUGAAUCCGUUUUGGAGGAAAAGGAGAACACUGUCAGCCAACUGCGAUGGACAGAAGAGGAAGGCCGGCAACGUGCUUCUGACUUGGCCAAAAAAUACAUGGAAAGCCAGCAGGCGCUGGAAGGCCUGCAGGGGGGAAAUGAGAAGUUGAGAAAUGAAUUGGGUGGUCUGAGUGCAAAGUGUGAGAAGCUGGAGAAUGAGUGUGUAGAACACGAGAGGGAAAGAGAGAGGAGGGAGGAGGAGAUGAAAGACCUCCUCAGCAGAUAUGAGGAGAAGACGAGGAGCAAAGACAAGGAACUCCAAAACAUCCUGUACCAGAGAGACGUGGAGGUUGCCGCGUUGCAACAAAGGAGCGAAGCGCUCAAGCGAGAGAUGGAGGGAUUGAAAGAGAGAGAAAGUGGAAGUGAGAUGGAGUUGAAGAAGAUGACAGAGCUUUACCAGAGACAACUGGCAGAGAAACAGAGUGAGCUGGAGACAAAGGAUGAGGGCUUCAGGGUCGAAAUCUUGAAGAGAGGGAGGGAACUAGAAGCAAAGAAACAAGCGUUGGCAAUACAUGAGGGAGAACUAAGUGAGAAAGUAAAGACACUUGAAAUGAAAGAGGCAGACAUAGCUGAGAGAGAGGGAAAGUUGGAAAACAGAGAACGAGAGCUGACACAACGAGAAGCUGGACUACAAACAAAGCAGAGGGACCACGAGGAGAAACAGAAAGCGAUGGAAAAGCAGGUGGAGGAACUGCUGAAACAAGAGCGAACCUUGAAUGCCAAAAUGCAGAAUGCGAAGGGAAAAGAAAGAGAGCUGGAAUAUCUCCUGGAGACGCUGGAGAACAAACAAGAAGAGCAAAAAUGUCAUGGCCGAGACCUCCAAGAGAAGGUGAGGGAGCUCAAAGAAUGGGGGAAAGCACUGGAAGAAAAGGAGCAACAAUUAAAAAGUGAAGAGCAAGAGCUGAUUAGAUGGAGGGCAGAGGCAGAGAGGAUGGACGCAAUGGCAAGCAACUUGGCGAAGCGACGGGAGGAAAUUGACAGUAGAGAGAGGGAUUUAAGGGAUGCCGUUGAAAAGCUGAGGAAACAAGAGCUGGGUCUGGAAAUAUGGGAGGCAGAGAUACACCAAAUGGAGAACAGUCAUGGGAGGACUAACAUGGAAACAGAAAGCAGGAAUUCGCCUGGAUUUCUACUGAAUGGCCUUCACAGUGAGUUCGAUGGCCAACAACCCAGUGUGGUGUGCGGGAUGGUGUCACGCGGCUUGGUAGAGGCAUUCGAUAGCCCAGUUGAGGAGGAAAACAUCCAUGUUAUAUACCAGCAAGUCAGUGUGGCAGACGAACAGGAAAGAAGGGAGGUGGAGAGAGGAAAAGGAUCAGAUCAAGGUCAAGGUCAAAGGUCAAAAGAUAGGGAGGAUAGCAGGGUAGAAACAGCCACAUCAGCUAUAGUGAACUACAACUGUUGCCUUGAAACACCAGACGAGGUAGAGAGGGCAGAGAAAGAGGAAAGAGAGACGGACAGAGCAGAACUGGAGUGGAUGGAGGUGGAGGAGUUGAAAGGGGGGGAAGAAUCUGUUGAGUCAAAGGUUAAGAGAAACUUCAGGGUGUUUUCAUCCCAGCGGGAACAUAGAGAUACAAACGACAAAUAUUUGUCUUUUGAGUCAGAGUUGAGGGUGGUGAUAUUGGCAGAGAUGUGGUCCACUCUCGGCCUAGAAGAAGUCACCAUUCUGGACGACAUCGACUUAUCGCCAGCACCAUCGCCAAACAGAUCUACCCCCAAACCCUGGAGGGGACGGAUCGCCGGACGGCACGUCAGCAUUGUGGAACCACCGGGUCUUAGGUGGAGAAACGGACCAGAGCCAAAUGGCACAGCGCAGACGAAGAAGAUUCUAGAGAGUGUUUGUCUGCACCAUCCACGACCUGACGUUCUCCUGCUGGUGAUACCGGCCUACCUGACCUGCACGCAGAAGUACCGCACAGCCGUGGAGGACCAUGUGAGUGUGCUUGGAGAAGAGAUUUGGAAACGCAGCCUGGUGGUUUUCACGUGGGGGGAAACUCUGGGGGAAAGCGCCGAGCAGCAUAUCUUAAGGAACAGCGAUCUGAUGGUGCUUGUGGAGAAAUGUGGGGGCAAAUAUCACGUGAUGGACGAGAAGAAAAAGACUUUAACAGAGGGACUAUUUCAGAAAAUAGACGAGAUAGUAGCAUUAAACAACAGAGCAGUAUUUUGUAGAGAACUGAAUGAUGGCGAUGGCGAGAUGCGUAGGAACUGUUGAUGAAAAGUAAUUUUAGAAUACUGUUAAUGUGACGUCAUCACAAGGAAAAACAAAGAGACUUUGUACAUGUGAACCAUCUCUACAUAAAACUGAA